GUUCAACAUCUCAGAACUGUGUGGUUUCAGACAGGCAUUGCAGAGUACCUUAAAGUCGCUGUUGAACCGAGGGUAGAUACUACUUCACGCAUCCGUCGGAACAACUCACUCGUCGGCAGUCGGGCCUGUACUACACAGUCCCAUACACAAUAAAUCGGAUCCAAUUCCAAGAAGCAUAUAGAUAGGGCCUCAAAGAACUAUCAUAUCAAUCAUUAGGAAACCCGAAAGCCCACGAAUACCCCACACCGCGGAGAUCCCCCAGGCCCAGAUAAAUACCCGAUGAUAUCCAUCCGGUAGCGGAAAGUGGGUGGUACGAGACUACGUGAAUCAGCCUCCCGUCCUCUCCAAUUCCAUCUCAAGUACCUCUCUACGUUACGUUAUCUUAAGAGAUACCGGUAUAUUCACCUUCUGCGAAAUCAACACACUCAGAGUCUUGAUAAUGGCCCCCAUCGAACGCAUCACUCUUUUCAACGUCCCCAAGGCGGAAGACCGUGCCCGCAUCUUGGAGCAGUACAAGGUUCUUGCGAAAACUGCAGUGAAGGAUGGGAAACCGUAUAUUCUCAGCGCGGCGGCUGGCGAGUCGUUCCCGGAUCCUCGCAACAAGGGAUUCAAUAUCUCUGUGAAGACGACCUUUGCCUCGAUGGAGGACAUGGAGUACUAUGAUAACGAGUGUGAGGCGCACAAGGCGCUGAGAGCUGUGGCGGGGCCGGUGAAGGAAGAUGUUCUCACGACUUAUUUCCAGAGCGUUCUGUGAUGGAUUCUAUCUUGUUUGGUUCGCUUCAAGAAUUAUGGUGAUAUGAUUACGGGAAUAGAGGACCGGUCAUGCUUGUAUAGAAGAAAAUCUAGGCUGAAUGCCGAGUUCAUGCACAUAUUUGGAUAAUCUCUAUUCGAUGAUAUAC